UUGGAGUCUGGUGACUAGCGGAGUUCCCACUUUGAGAAACAAACAUGGCGUAGGAGACAGACGAACAACCACGGGAUUACUGGCUGGUGUGACUCAUGUGAAGGGUUUCAGGGGAAAAACGUUAGUACGAGUAUUGAGCCAUGAAGCAGGCAGUGGAAUUCGAAGAGUGUCUCAAGGACUCUCCUCGUUUCAGGUUACAGAUUGAUCAAAAUGAACAUGACAUAAAUGUUUUGGAAGGAGCUCUGGAAAAGCUUAUCAAGCUUUGUAAUGGAAUGGUUGAAGCAGGGAAAUUGUUUAACACAUCUACAAGUGCCUUGGUGGGUGGUAUUGACAGCCUGAUGAAGUACUUUGUUGGAGAUGAGCUGGUUUCCUCUACCCUAAAAAAGUUCUCAUGUGCUCUGACUGAGCUACAGAACUUCUUGUUAAUUCUAUUGGAGCAAGCUCAGAGAUCUAUAUCCAGCACUCUGCAAACUUUUAUCAAAGAGGAAGUAAAGAAGGUUAAGGAGACCAAAAAACUCUUUGACCGAGUCAGUGACGAUUUAGAUAAUGCCUUGACAAGAAAUGCACAACUUCAGCGUCACUGUAGACCAUCUGAGGCUGAAGAGGCAAAGAAUAUUGUGACAGCAAUGCAUUCAUGUUUUAACCAUACAGCACUGGAUUAUGCCUUCCAGAUCAACAUUUUGCAGUCACGGAGGAGAAUUGAUGUUCUGGAUACUAUUUUAAAGUUUAUGCAUGCACAGUCAACGUACUUUCACCAGGGCUAUGACUUGAUGAAUGACUUAGACCAAUACAUGAAGAAUGUGUCAAGUGAGCUGGAAAAAAUGUCUGCUCAGUUUACAGUGGAUAAGAAAGAGAUGGAAGAGAGACACACCCUGGUCCAGAAAAUGGAGGAGACCGUGAGCUUAGGAAGAAGGAACCUGGAUGACCCAAGUGGCUUAGUGAUGGAAGGCUACUUGUUUAAAAGGAGUAGUAAUGCUUUUAGGAGUUGGCAUCGGAGAUAUUUUACAGUACAAAACAACCAGCUGAUGUAUCAGAAGCGAUUAAAGGAUGACCAAACAGUUCUUGCUGAAGAUCUAAGAUUGUGUAAAGUUAGGCUUGCAGAAGAAGCAGUAGAAAGACGAUUCAUCUUUGAAGUUGUGUCACCAACAAAAUCAUGGUAUCUUCAAGCAGACAGUGACUCAUUACGAGAUGAAUGGAUGGAAGCUAUGCAGGCCAGCAUUGACAAGGCUUUUAACAAUACAACCAGAGUAGAAACUGACAGUAGUGAGAGUGACUCACUGGGAUCAGGCAGAAAGAGCAAAAGUAUGGAUUCUUUAGACAAAAUCUCUGGACCAAGUAAAUAUAAUCUGGAAGUCAUCAGAGCUGUGGCUGGUAAUGACAAGUGUGCCGACUGUGGAAAUCCUGACCCAACCUGGGCAAGCACUAACUGGGGAAUUGUGCUUUGCAUUGAAUGCUCUGGAAUUCAUAGGAGUUUAGGAGUUCAUGUGUCCAAGGUGCGGUCUUUGAUUCUUGAUGCCUGGGAACCAGAACAAGUCAAGUUAAUGACAGAACUGGGAAAUACAUUAGUUAAUGGAGUUCUUGAAGCCAAAGUGGACUCUAGUGCAAAGAAACUUACUCCACAGAGCAGCAGGGGUGAAAGAGAGACUUGGAUCAAAUUGAAAUACUUGCAACGCAAGUUUGCAUCUCUGGAAAUCUUUCUAAAAACUUGUCAAAAUCUGAAUAAAGGAAUCAUAAAAAAUCUGGCCAGAAUGAAGGUUCACCAUGAAGAAAAGGAUGUAGGUCAGCUGCCUGUGGGUAGAACAGACUCAAAAAAGAGUAAACUUUUUAAAAGGAAACUUGCCAUCAAAGGAGCUAAAUCUAAGGUGGACAAGCGAAAGAGUGCACCAGCAGGAAUGAUACUAUCAGAUGUAACGAGUAAAGAAUAUGAAGAUUUGGAAACUAUGGCUUCUAAUCUUCUUCACAAUGACGAGGCUGCUAGCAGUGAUUCACAUGACGAGGAUCGACCCAGGAGUGGAUCACAUAGAGAUUCUCCUGAUGAUAGCAAGAGACGACGGGCUUCCUCCACUAGUGCUGUCGCAGCUUCAUUGUCAGAUGAGGGUAGAGAGAGAGGAGAGUCAGUUGAUUCAGUAUUGAGUGAAGAUGGUCACACUGGAGACAAAGCUGAGAAUGAUAACACUGAAGUUGUUGUUGAUGAGGAAAAAAGUCUAAAGGAUGACAGAGAGAAGGCUAUUGCUGUGUUAAAAAGAGUCCAUCCCAGCAGGCUACUGUUCAAAGCUGCAGAGUGGAAGAGUCUUCCUCUUAUGGCUGCAGCACUUGCUGAAGGUGCCAAAGUAAACUGGGUAAAUGAGGAUGAUGAGCACAAAACAGCACUUCACCAGUCUGUCUUAGGGGGAUCAUUACCAGCUUGCGAAUUCCUGCUACAAAAUGGUGCCAAGAUAAACCAGAAGGACAAGAGAGGAAGAGGAGCUCUUCACCAUGCAGCUCUGCUGGGACAGACAGGGCCAAUCCUGCUGUUCUUGAAGCGAGGAGGUAAUCAACAUGCUGUUGAUGAGAAUGGUGAGGAUCCUCUUACCAUCGCUUUGAAACAGACCAAUGCAGAUAUUGUCACCCUGUUAAGACUGGCAAGAUUGAAUGAGGAAAUGAGAGAGGAUAAUGAGGUUAUUCAAGGUGAUGUCACAUUUACUGAUGUGUUCAGAGACUUCUCAAACAUGGCAUCAAGAGAUCCUGACAGACUGAAAAGGAACUUUGACCCCAAAGAUCCAGACAGGCAAACAGAAUUAUGACAACAAAGGGUAUACAUGCCAAUUAGUUCUGCACACAAUCUGUCGACAGACAAUUGAAGGAUCAAGACAUCAGAGAUUACUCAUUGCAAGCAAUGUGAUUAACAUUUGGAGUGAUGAAAUAAUUAUACCUUCCCAUGUAUUUUUUUUUUCCCAGCAGACUCUUUAAAGUAUUCAUUACAUAUUUCUCACUUCUUUUUUUGUUGUUGUCCUUAGAAGAAGCUCAGUCACUGUAUUUGGAGUUAUUUUGGCCAAAAUAUUAAUAGUUGUUUACUGAAAUAGAGAAACUGCAUAGAGAUAAUAGUAAUCCGUAAAGGAACAAGGGUGGUUAAGGAUGGAGAAAAUUAACAUGGAUUACAAAUGAUGCACUUGAAAAAUUUAGGCUACACUUUUCAAGAUGUGCAAAUUGUGACGUAGCUCCUUUAAGAAUUAAAACAAACUGUUUCUUCGUAGGCAGCAGCAAUGGAAGUGCAAAUGCCCAGCUUAGAUAGUGAACUAAGAUUAAAAAAUAAAUGUAUGUAGUUAAGUACUCAAUAGUUUUAAUUGGACAGGUUUGGUAGAUGACUUGGUAAAGUAUUCCUCUGACAGAAGUCAAAACGGUCAAUGAGUUUAUUUGAUUUUGAGUUGCUCAGAACAAGCUUAGACUUGAUUUUUUCAAAUGUGACUGAAACCUGCAAUGCAGGUUGUGAGUAGAUGAAAAGAGCAGUGAAGGCAGUUUGGUAGUUUGGUAGUUUUGAAAUCUUAUGAAUUUCAUUGGGAACCAAAUCAAAAUUGUAAAAUAAUUGAGAAAUUAUUGUACAGACAAGUUGGAAAAUUAUCAGAAUAUUUGAUUGUAUUUAUAAAUGCUUGCCCGGUAUUUUUGUCAGUUCUCAGGAAUCAAUAUCUGGUGAACAGUAAAUAAUUAUUGCUCUGGACUUGAGAAGAUCGUGUUACUUUGUGCUUCAUAUUCAAGACUAUGAAGCUGAACUUAUACUGCAAUAAUAUUGUUAAAUGUCUUCAAAAUUAAUGAAAAAACUAUUUUCCCCCUCGUCUGUUAAAGUUUUGAAAUUGAAGGGCAGUCAUUUAUGAAUAAUUUAAAAGUGAGGAACAACAGUUUGUUCAUUGGAGAAAUGACACAAAAUGCUUGUACAUUGUACAUUAUCAAAGAAAUGUCACUGCUGUUGCUUGUACCUAUAGUUCCCAUAAUUCUGCUACCCUACUGGUACUUGUAGGAAUACAAAUAGAUACUAGGAGUGAUAUUACAACUAUUUAUCAAGUAUUAGCUAAGUAGAUGUCAUACCUAAAAUGCACAGUUUGGCAGCAGUGAAAUAUCGUAGAAAUGAAUAUAAGUUUGUAAACCAUUUUUUUCCUGCUAUGAACAACUCAACAAUAAUAAUACAAUGAUGUUUCAACAUUGCA